AUGAUCAUAACCUUGGAAGAGCUAGAGAAGGCAACACAUUGUUUUGAUAAUGAUCUCGUCAUUGGAGGUGGGGGACAUGGUAUUGUUUACAAAGGGAUUUUAUCGAACCAACAUAUUGUAGCCAUCAAGAAACCCAAAAACAUGGUGCGGAUGGAGAUCAAUGAGUUUAUCAAUGAGGUAGCUAUCCUAUCACAAAUCAACCAUAGAAAUGUUGUUAAACUAUAUGGUUGUUGCCUUGAAACUGAAGUCCCAAUGUUGGUCUAUGAGUUCAUAUCUAAUGGAACCCUUUACGAGCAUAUUCAUGUAGAAGGACCAAAAUCAUUGUCUUGGGAUAACAGGUUGCGGAUAGCCAUUGAGGCAGCAAAAUCCCUAGCAUAUCUUCACUCGGCUGCUUCAAUCCCUAUAAUCGAUAGGGAUGUCAAGAGUGCUAACAUAUUGUUGGAUGAUACUCUGACGGCAAAGGUAGCAGAUUUUGGAGCUUCAAAGUACAUUCCGAUGGAUAUAUCUGGGGUUACCACAAGGGCACAAGCUUUGGAGUCGUCCUUGUGGAACUGCUAA